AUGAUCAACGGCAGCAACGUGUGCUACGUCCAUGCUGUCCUCCAAGCCCUCCUCGGGUCGCCGCGCGUGUACUCGGCCGUCGCCCGCCUCUCCACAAUCACGCCCACCCUCUCUCCAGCGGAGACGCCGACACUCGGCGCGUUCGCCUCGCUCAUCCACGACAUUGAGACGGCCCAACCGGUGGCCGCCGGCGUGGGCGCGGCGCUCGAGCCGGUCUACUUUUACGGCCUCAUCGACGCGUUUGUGGCCGCCGCGCUCGGCGACGCCGACGGCACGCAGACUACGCGGCAGCACGAUGCGCACGAGUGGUGGACGUUCCUCCUCUCGUCGCUCGACGACGAGCUGCGCCGGCUCGACGCCGCGCCCGUGGCCGCCGAGCUCUUUGCCGGCACGCUCGUGUCGCAGCUCGCCGGGCCGACCGGCCCGCCGUCGGUCACGCGCCAGCCGUUCCUCGUGCUCAUGCUCGACCUCGACGCGGCGCGGACGCUGACCGACGCGCUGGUGGCGGCGAUGGAGACCGAGUACGUCGAGUACGUCGACGCUGCGAGCGGGACCACGCACACUCCGUGCCGGACGCCCUCGUUCGGCGCCCUCCCGCCCGUCCUCGUCCUCCAGUGCAAGCGCUUUGUCUUCCACCGCGCCUACACGGGCAAGACGGACGUCUUUGUGGGGCUCGGCGCAACGAGCGCCGACGCCGACGUCGCAGUCGAGGUCGAGCUUGGUCUCUGGUUUCUCGCCGAGCUCAAGCGGCCGUUCGACCGGCUGGCGGGCGGGGGCGGGAGCGCCAAGGACCAGCUCCUCCUCGAGGUUGCGGCGUAUGCGGCGUCGCGGGAGGCAUCACGCGCCGAGGAGGCUCCGUGGCGUCCGAUGGUCGGCGUCGUGACCGACCUCUUCCGCGUCAACGUGGCGUUCGACCUCCCCGACUCGGCGUGGGACGACGGGCCGUGGCAGCUGGGGCUGGGCACGCGCGUGGUGACGCCGGCGGCCGAGUACGUGCGCGUCGUGUUGGGCGCGCUGGUCCUCGCGUACUGGGACGACGUCAGCGAGGGCGUGCGGGCGGCAGCCUCUGCUGAAGGGGCGGCGUCCGUGAGCGCCUGGGUGGAGCGCCUCGUGGCGGACGAGGACGUCGACGUCUUUGCGCGCGAGGACGGCUCGUCAGACGAUGAGACGGAGGCUGACGACACGGCACCCCGGCCACGGCGCGCGCUCCGGUCGAGCGCGACGCGGUCGAGCGCCGCGCCGACGGCUGCGUCGAGCAGCGCCCGGGCCUCAUCGUCGUCGCACGGCUCUGGUGCGCGCGCAAGCCAGGGGAGCGUGGAAAAGCGCUUUCAGCGCGUCGCCGCGACGCGCGAGGCCUUGCUCGAGAUCGUGGGUAACACAAUGGCGAGCCGGUAAAUCUGUCC